UUUCUCUCUGUCGGAACCAGCGGUCAGCGACGUCCCAAGUAGGAGCAGCUCCUCUUCUCCACUCCUCCACCCCCACCGCCGGUUUUUAUCACAGGGAGGACGCACCCACCACUACAAGCCAGGGACUCGACUCAGAGACAGACAAGAGCAAACAUGUUUGAGACCAGAGGACUCCCUUUUGUCCUGCUCGACAUAGCCUGUCUCAUCCUAGGAGGUCUGCCUCUGGCAGCCUUUAACCUGGGUAAGAUCCGUCCCUACCAGAGGGGCUUUUUCUGUAACGACGACAGCAUCAAGUACCCUUUCCACCACAGCACUAUAACCUCCACAGUGCUCUACACUGUGGGCUUCGCCCUGCCCAUUAGCUGCAUGAUCCUUGGCGAGUGCCUUUUAGUUUAUCUAAAUCGCAUCAAAUCCAAGUCGUCCUUUGGCAGCUACAUUGCCUCUGUUUACAAAGCCAUCGGCACCUUCCUCUUCGGUGCCGCCAUGAGCCAAUCUCUGACCGACAUAGCAAAGUAUUCGAUUGGCCGACUCAGGCCGCACUUCCUGGACAUCUGCAGGCCCGAUUGGAGAGAAAUCAACUGUUCGGGAGUGGCUUAUAUCGAAGACUUCACCUGCACUGGGGACGCGACGAUGGUCAAUGAGGGCAGAUUAUCCUUCUACUCGGGCCACUCCUCUUUCUCCAUGUACUGCAUGCUGUUCCUGGCUCUCUACCUGCAGGCGCGGCUCCAGGUGGAGUGGGCGAGGCUACUGAGACCCACGAUCCAGUUUUUCCUGAUUGCCGCCUCCGUGUACACGGGACUGUCGCGAGUGUCCGAUUACAAACAUCACUGGAGCGAUGUGCUGACUGGACUCCUGCAGGGGGCCCUCAUGGCUAUCCUGGUGGUCUUCUUCGUAUCGGACUUCUUCAAGCCACAAGAAGAAUCCCGCAAAGACCUGGAUCUGGGCCACACGACCCUGCAGGAGACGCCGACUAACGGAAACCACUGUGAGAGUCCAAACUAAUCUACGUGAGAGGUGACGGAGGAAGACGCCGCCUCUGCUCUGUCCAGAUGCACACCCAGGAUCUCAGCUCUCUAGCCUUUUGUCUCACACAAAAUUCUCAUCGACACCCUGCAUGGAUUUACUGUGUGGAGUACUUCAAUUUUUUUUAAACUUCAAGUAAGCUAUUGGAUGACUGUGCAUCCCCCAGAAGAAACUUUUUUUUAAAAAAAGCUACACCUCAGGCCUGUUAAAGACUUUUGUGAUUUUAUUUUUUACUUGCUGCCUUGUACACUGAUUUCCAUCACAGGAAAAGUAAUGAGACAAUCUGUCCAACCCUUGUAAGAAAAGUAAAUGUGACUGAAACAGAUGUAGGUCUGAGGGGGGGCUAGAGGUUCUGUUAGAAUGGGAACCAUCGAUCUACUGAGCCAGUGGGGGACGACUUACCUGCAUGCACUCACUAAAAGGGUCUGACCACUGCUGGAGGGAGAGAAAGGUUGGAAAUCCAUGAAUGUAACGCUGCUUUGUGCAUUUCCUGACCCGGAGUCUCAAGCUCUGAUUUAGGGUCAGUUUUAGUGCUGCCCCAGCUCUCAGGCACGUGGAGGCUUUGAUGCCCUGUUAAGAAAGCAGCGUCUCAAAGCUACAACAUGCUGAAAGCUGAUCCUAGAUCAGACAGCAAGCUGCAGACUCCACACUCACGUCACUGACAUCCGAUUCUCCAACUGUCUAACCUCAUGCAGUCAGAGAGGAAUCUCCACUGAUGUCAUGUUUGCUUAGAGAGUUGAAGAGUCGACGGUCAGUGAAGUCCUGUGUUGCCUUUGCUAGACUGCUGCUGCUGCUGCUACCACAGCUUCCUGUGUAUCUAAGAACUGAUGUUAUUUACAUAAAGUGACUAAACAACAUUGUAAGUUUGUAUAAUCUGUAUGUUUAAAAAAAACAACAUACAGACUUUUAUUGAAAAUAAAUGUUACAUAUAUGUACAAAUGUCUAAAAAUAAUAAUGAAAUGACAUUAUGCUUAUUACCACGAACAGUCACAUGUUAAGUUUUGGAUGUAUUGUUUUAAGUUGUCUGAUAAAAAUUAAAGCAUGAAUUGUU